AAGUCAGUGAGUGAGAUUGCGAGACCAGCGCACAGUAGGGUGCAGAGCAGCGUUGUGGAUCUGCGCUGCCAUCAGAGGUCUUUGCUUUGGAAUCUGUCGGACAGCAAAAUUGAUGAUAAAUACAAGUGGUACAUAAGUAUCAAUAUUUCAACAAGUUCUGCUUUAAGACAAAAGGGGAAGUAGCUUGUGUUGUCAUUCUCGUCGCUCACAGGGACUUACUUCUCGCAAUUGCACUUUCAUAUUCAAAGUGCAACAGAGACUGUUGAACUAUGGGGACGGUGAGCGAACUCUGUGCCUCGAGCUUCCAGGCAUUCUUGUGUCCCACAGUUUGUCCGGCUCCUCCAGCAGUACCGGAUGACCUGACGCCAGAGGAGAAGCAGGAACUGGAGAAUAUUAGGAGACGAAAACAGGAGCUGCUGGAGGACAUACAGCGGCUGAAGGAUGAGAUAGCAAAGGUGACAAAUGAGAUUGAAAGUCUUGGCUCCUCUCAAGAAAGAAUAAACAUGCAGCGAAGUAAACAGAUGGCUAUGGGUCGCAAGAAAUUUAACAUGGAUCCCAAAAAGGGUAUUCGGUUCCUCAUAGAGAAUGAACUGCUGAAGAACACUUGUGAACAUAUUGCUCAAUUCCUCUACAAGGGUGAGGGCCUCAACAAGACAGCCAUCGGAGAUUAUCUGGGUGAAAGGGAUGAGUUCAAUAUUCAGGUUCUUCAUGCCUUUGUGGAGCUUCAUGAAUUUACAGACCUCAACCUGGUUCAGGCACUCAGACAGUUUUUAUGGAGUUUCCGGUUACCAGGUGAAGCUCAGAAGAUCGAUCGAAUGAUGGAGGCUUUUGCCCAGCGUUACUGUCAAUGCAAUCCCGGUGUCUUUCAGUCCACAGAUACAUGUUAUGUGCUUUCGUUUGCAAUCAUCAUGUUGAACACAAGUUUGCACAACCCUAAUGUGAAGGACAAGCCAUCUGCAGAGCGGUUCAUAGGCAUGAACAGAGGCAUCAAUGAUGGAGGAGAUCUGCCAGAAGACCUGCUCAGGAACCUUUACGAGAGCAUUAAGAAUGAGCCCUUCAAGAUACCUGAAGACGACGGCAAUGACCUCACACAUACGUUCUUUAACCCUGACCGCGAAGGCUGGCUGCUCAAACUGGGUGGACGGGUGAAGACGUGGAAGAGGAGAUGGUUCAUAUUGACGGACAACUGUCUGUAUUAUUUUGAAUACACCACUGAUAAAGAGCCGAGAGGGAUCAUUCCUCUGGAAAAUCUCAGUAUUAGGGAAGUGGAUGACUCCAAGAAGCCAAACUGCUUUGAACUCUUCAUCCCAGACAACAAGGAUCAGGUCAUCAAAGCGUGUAAGACUGAAGCAGAUGGACGGGUUGUGGAAGGAAACCACACGUUCUACCGCAUCUCAGCACCAACAACAGAGGAGAAAGAAGAGUGGAUCAAAAGCAUCAAGGCUGCCAUAAGCAGAGACCCUUUCUAUGAGAUGCUUGCUGCCAGGAAGAAAAAAGCCUCAUCUCUGAAGAGACAGUAGGGCUGCAGAAAGGAUGUUUGUACCUGGA